AUGAAAUCUGUUCUUCGGAACCUUGAGGGGAGAGAAGAAGGACAGAUCCCACCCCCGCCCCCAUUCCUUCUCCUAUGGUCAGUUUCGGCCCCUGCCCUAAGCAAGGAUGCGCGACGCCGAAAGCAGCGACCGCACCGCUCCGCUCCGCGUCUAGGCAAGGGUGGCAGGCGCCCCUCACCCCUUGCCUGCCUCCCCCGGGCCGCCCAAAGGCACCCGCCAGAGCAUCCGAGGGCUCCCUCCCCACUUUUCCGGGAGCGGCUGGAUCAGCAGCAAAAGGCCCGGAGUCGCCUGGGGAAAAGAGCAGCGACAGCCCCCAGUCACAGCUCCUGCGCCUUCUCAGAUCCCGCGAUUGCCCAGCCCAAGACCCCGAGGAGCGCGAGGCCGGCUUCCAAACGCCCCCUUACCCGAGGAGGGAGCAGAGGAGGUCUCCACCGUCCCCAGUCGCCGCAGCUGCCUCGCGUUGGAGGUGCGGGAGGGGUGGCUGGGUGGAGGAUGCUACUCCCUACUGAAGGGAGAGGAAGAAACGGAAACAGGAACCGCCGCCGCCGCUUAACGGAGCGUUCGGCGCCACUGACUGAGAGAGGGCGAGAGGCGGCGCGAGCCGGGCAGUCGCUGACAGAGCGAGGCCGAGCGCGAGCCGGGUGCAGGGCGCGCGACCUCGAGCAGCGCCAGCCCCAUUCCGCGAGGAGAGGAGUGGUCGCUCCUGCUGCUCAGCCCCCGCAACCCACGUCCGGCUGCUCGGCUGUAGCUUGCAGCGCAAUCAGAGGAUGGCAUCUGCUCCCACAUGCGACUCAGCGAAGUCCUAUUUCCUCUUGUGAGUGCUGUGUUUCCACAUUCGCUCGAAGACCCCACGAAGGCCUGAGUUAGAUGCCCGGCCUCCCCUAAUUCGCUGCUACGACAGCCUCUCCGAGGCGGAAGUUUAUUCGGUACGGAUAAAGGAACAGGGGGUGGGGAGAGGGGAGCUUUUCCCUAGGAUGCUUCCUACCCGCUCGUCCGUGACGCAGAGUAGUGGGCCAAAGGGCUAUCUCAGAACCGCCCAGAUCGCCAGCUGAGCCGGAGGACCUGAGCGCGCCGCCGGGGCACACAAAGUAGUCGCGGGCUGAAGGGGUGCCGCGGUGGCCAAUCAGAGCCGCGAGUCGCGUGAGUGGAGUGCGAACCGACCAAUCAGGGGGCCGGAAGAUGAGCUUCCAGUACCCAACUCUUCCCUGUAGCCUCCGGACCCAGAUCCCAAGCCUGGGGCGCAAUACUGUGGACAAGAGAAAUGGUGUCCUAAAGACUGGAAAAAUUAUUUCUCUAGACAUUAGUGUUUUUAGGUAAAACUUUGGAUACUUUUCCUAGAGAAAAGAGUGGUGGCCUUUUAGUUGCUAAGUAUAAAAAAGAUCACAGAAAAGAGAGAUUUAAGAGGCCGUGGCCUGCCAAGACUGCAAACUCCCUGAUAACAUUCAUAAUUCACAGUAUUUAUUGAAGCCUUCUUAAAGGCCAGGAACUAUGUUACAGAGAUACAAAUAAGAGACUGCUGGUUCAAAGAAGAAAGACGAAAUUCCCUGUCCUAAAACAAUACAGGUCCUUCUAAAGGAGACUUUGCUGGCCCUUGUGACUCUGGUAUUUACUGUCAACCCUUUAGGAAGAAAGCUCUUCAGGUGGUAGUUUACAGUCAUUAUUAUGAUUACCUACCUGUAAGAAGAGAAAAUUGAAGGGAAAGUAGAGUGACUAAGAUGACUUAAAAAAAAUCCUGGUGGACCAAGCAUUGUGUUCUAGCUCACAGAACACAAUUCGACAAUCAUUUAUUGAGCAAUCAUUUAUUGAAUGCAUGAAUGCCAUUCCCAUUAAAGAGGGUAUCUCACCAAGCUUGUAAACAAAACUUUGGUUGUUGGAAAUUAACAGAAAUUUUAGGUUUAUGCCAUAGGAAGAUAGAUUAAAAGCUAAAGUCUUAUCAGUUGUGCUCUAGAUAAUUUUUAGAAGUUAGGAGUGGAGUAGAUAUUUACUUUUUAGUUGAAACACAGCAUUUAUUGAAUAUUUUAGCAAGGAUAUGUUACUUUAAAGUUUUUAAACAAAGGAGAAAACCAUUUUUAGUUUGUUAAAAAUCAUUACAUCUUACCUUUAAGAUCUCCACGUUCAGAGCUUUAUUUUAUAUUUGCCUCAUCACUCAAUGUUUAUAUCUGUCCUUCAAUAUUCCCUUCUCACAACCUCAGAAUUACAAUAGUUUUAUUUUCCACCUCCCUCCACUUAGAAGACAACAACAACUACCCUGUUCUAUGGAUGUUUGUCUAAGAUUUACUGCAUUUUUAAAGUAAUGUACAACAAAUAUCAAAUAACUUCAGUGUUUCAAAAAUCACUGAGAAGCUAGUCCUUCAGCUAUUCCUAUCUGUGCUGUUGAGUCAAUGGGCUUCCUAGCCUUGGACAGAACAGUUAUCAAAGCCCUUUCCAGGACAUGCCCAGGAUUUAGUUGCCACCCUAGAACUGGAGGUACCAGUUAAACAACUGACAUUUGAGAACAAGUCUUUACAUAUUAAGUUCCAGGCCACUAAUUAAUUUCCAAAAAAUUAACUUAUAACAGGAGUGCUUAGCCUGCCUCUUCUCAGUACAGACAACAGUCCCAGCUUUUGAAAAACACAUUUACUAUCUCCAGAGAGGAAAAUUCCUAAGAAUCUGCCUUUCUCUUGCCAGGUGAAAUUCCAUAGAAGUCAUCCCCAAAGGUUCCAAACAUCUCUGGCCACCAGAAGACAUCUCUGUCAAAGGAUGUUUUCUCCACAAUCUCCAUCCUCCCAUCUUGCUAAUUUCUUUCCCUUCUCAUCUCAGCUCCCUGCGUCUGCCUCUCACCACCUACCACCCCAAUUUCUGAUAUUUGCUUAAGCAAGUAGAACUCUGUUCCACCUUCUUUCACAUCCCUCCCACCCUCAGGCCUACCUUGGCUUCUCCCAAAACUUAUAAAUUCUGCUCAACAAAAAAUCAUACAGAACAUUCUCCGAGACCUGUUACACUAAGAACUAAAGGGACCUUAUCAGUACAUUAUUUUCUUUUGCACAGCCUGGUUCACAUUCUUAAGUCAUCAGCCAGAGAGAGCCCUGGGGACUUGGGAGUGGAGCAAGGUAGAGUCAACCCUUAGGCAAUGGAAAAGAUCAAAAUCAAAAUUAGAGUAACUGAAUGGCCAUUUUAUUGAAAGAUUAGCUAGAUCAAAGUUAAUGAACUUGAAUGCUUUCACAUAUCCAAAGUUGUGAACAUUCAUGUAAGAACUAGUUUGAAACUUACUACCAUUUUAUUAAUGACUAUAAUAAAAAUAAUAGCCAAGAUAUAAUAUUGCUGAGUGCCAGGUCCUGUGCUAAACGUGCUUUAUCAUGUAAUUCUCAAAUCAACCCUUUAUAAUGGGUCCUACUAUUUACAGUGGGGAGAUCUGUAGGGUACCAGAAAGGGAUUAAGGAAGCACUCAGAAGUCUCAGCAGCAGCUACUUACCAAAUACUUUAGAAAUUUUUCUAUUUGUACCACUAUGUACCAACUGAAUGUCAACUCUCAUAACAUUCUUUUUUUAAAACUUUAUCAAAAAAUCUAAAAAAAAAAAAAAAAUUUCAAACAAAACAAAGGAAUAAGAAAAACAAAAAAGCAAUGUAGUUGUUUUAUUUUAGGAUAUUUGUUUUUCUUAUUUGUUUUUUAUAACAUUGUUAAUAAUUUUUAAUUGUUAUUAUUGUUUUUUAAUUGUUGAUCUAUCUACAUUUUACUUAGAGGAUUCCAUUUUGCAGGAAAUUUUCCAAUGACAUCACUGCUAUUACCACAGACAAGAAGGCAUGACAUUGAUUUCACCCUUUUGGGCCUCAGUUUUCUUAUCUGUGAAAUAAAGAAGUUGGACUAGAUAAAUUUUAGUUGUUUUCCAGUUAUCAAACUGUAAAUCUAGCCAGGUUGACACACCAUUAAGAGUAACUACGACAAUCAAAUGUGGAAAAAUAAUCUAUAUUUUCAAAUCCAAUAAUUGUUUUAAGUCACUGUUGAGCCAACUCUUUAAAUAGAAACUCUAUUUGUGUACACCCACUCAUUAAAUAGCCAGAGCCAAUCUUUCCAGUCAGAAAAGUAAAUGAAGUGAUUUGAAGGCUGAUGAAACUAGCCAAACUCUCCUUGCCUGUUAUUUGCCUCCCAUGACAGAAAUUUCUGCCUUCUCCACUGAGUUAAAGCUUCAUGUAAUUUACACUGUUGAUUUCUUAUUCAACAUCUACUCCUGUUCCUUCCUUCCUAAUUCAGUUCCUUGUUUUUAUUUUUGUUUUUGUUUGCUUUUCAGGUAACCACCCAACCUCCCUGUGCCAGUUUGAAUGUAUUGUGUCCCCCCAAAUGCCAUUAUCUUUGAUGUAAUCUUGUGUGGGCA